GACAGUUAGUUGGCGGUACACCUCUCUCAUCCCCUCCAUCUCUCGUGCUGUAAUCCACCAAUCACAUUUUCUUGUCAGACCAAACCAGAUUCCAAAAUCCCAAGCAAACAAAUACAAAAUUUCCGAAAUCAUUUUCAAAAAUCAUAAAACAUUUUUCAAUACGAUUUUCUUUUUCAUUUUCUUCUCAUCAGAAAUUUCUCUUUGCACCACCUGCUCAAGAAUUGUUUUGUUGAAGCUGGUUAAGACUUUAAGCUGUACGAUGACUUGCACUUAAUGGUUGAAAAGCUGAUAAGCUUUGUUUGUUUUGCCACUCGUUGCAACUGCGGCAUGAUUCCUACAGGUCUUAUAUGAUCUGUACAACCUUCAGGUUUUACACCAUCCUCAUUUUUUCCACUUCUCUUGGAAUUUCAAGCUAAGUAUAGUUGUUACAAGGCUAAUUCCAUAAAGUUCAUUUUGCAUCUGGAAGUCAAAACAGAAGAAACUGCCUUCCAACAAAUCUUGGGUUUGUCCUACAUCAGACUUCCUUUCCUAACAAAAUAUGUUUUGCUGCUGUGGCUGUUCUGGCAAUGGUGCAUAUUAAUAUGAUCAGUGCUCCACGUUCCCCGUAACAUUGCUCUACUAAUAUUAAGCUGGCUGUUUAUUAAUAAGUUGAAAAUGGAGAUCAAAGAAGCAGAAAGGGUAGUUAUUGCAAAACCAGUACCUUCAAGGCCUACUUGCUCAAGUUUUAGGUCCUUCUCAGAGCUCCUUGCAGGUGCCAUCAACGUUUCUCCCUUUACCACAUCUUCUGAAAAUACAAUUGCUGCAAUUAGACCAAAGACUGUUAGGUUCAAGCCGAUAGUGAAUCAUACUCCAUCAAGGGAUAACUCUUCCCAGGCUGACUUUUCUGAAACAGCAGUUUGUAAUUUGUCUGUUACAAAAACAGACAGCAAAACCAAUGUGUUGUAUAAACCACAGGCUAAGCUUGUGUCAAAGGCAACUGUUUCUCUUUUGGCAAAUAUGGGAAAUUUCAGUACUAAUUCGCAUCAAGUAAUGCAGUUGGCUCAUGCUCGUGCUCAAAAUUCAAAUCAAGAUAAACAUAACUUCAUGUCCAGGUUUUGUUCAAACAUGCACCAGUGUAUUCCAUCGCAUACUGAGGCAGAACUGACAAUUGGAAACUCAAAAACUGCAGCUCAGAACUUGGAGGAAGAUCAAAAAACCUCAUCUGUGGUGGUCAGUUCAGAUCGACCUUCUUAUGAUGGUUACAACUGGAGAAAGUACGGGCAAAAGCAAGUUAAAGGAAGUGAAUAUCCACGAAGUUACUACAAAUGCACACAUCCUAAUUGCCCAGUGAAGAAGAAAGUUGAAAGAUCAUUUGAUGGGCAGAUUGCAGAAAUUGUGUACAAGGGUGAACAUAAUCAUCCAAAACCACCACCCCCUAAACGAAGCUCAUCUGGGACACAAGGGCUUGUGCUUGCAUCUGAAGGAUCAGCUCAAGAUGGCAACAUCAGUUUGCCGAAUAAUCAACUGAAUGAAAGGACUGAAGGCUCUGAAGGUAGAGUAGAAAAUCAGAAUGAAAUGGGAUUAUCAUGUUUUCAGGGAAGAUAUCCACCAGCUUAUGAGCCUACUGCAGCUGGGACAAUCCAUGUAGGUACUGGAAAUUCAGAGAAUUCUCUUGGCCUUAGUGGUGAAUGUGAGGAAGGAAGCAAGGUAGUGGAGGGAGAUGAUGAUGAACCCAGAAGCAAAAGAAGGAAGAAUGAGAACCAAUCAAAUGAAGCAGGACUAUUGGGGGAAAGUGUCCAAGAUCCACAUGUUAUUGUGCACGGUUCCACUGAUUCUGAGAUUUUGGAUGACGGCUUUCGAUGGAGAAAAUAUGGACAAAAGCAUGUCAAGGGAAAUCCAUAUCCCAGAAGUUACUACCGAUGUACCAGCCUAAAGUGCAAUGUGCGCAAGCAUGUAGAAAGAGCGUCAGAUGAUCCGGUAGCUUUUAUCACAACAUAUGAAGGCAAACACAAUCAUGACAUGCCAAUGAGGAACACAACUAAUCCAGUGGCCUCUGAACCCGAUUCGUAAUCAAAACCUUUGAUUUUUCAUUACAGUUAAACCAUUUCUAUACCUUACAUUGAAUCUCCCAAAGCAUGUUCAUCAAGGAAAAAAAGGUUUUGAAGAUAAUAUAUAUUGAAGAUGAAGAAACGGUAAUCUAUUGGAUUGCUCCGGUAAUUCUUGGUAAGGUUAUGCAGUGGAGGCAUCUUAACGAGGAGAGUUUUUGCAUGCAUCAAAUGAUAUCUUUCAGUUUAAAUUUCAUCCUGUUUCUGCCUAGUUAAAUGUAUUUAACAAUAAAGUUGUUUAAGUUUCAGCUGAGGUUCUGUUUCAAUUUGACAUCACAUAAUUAGUGAAUUUUGAAUUUUGCCC